UUACUCCCUUUAAUUUAUAGCGUUGUGUAGAUCCAGGACACAGGGAAAGUUAAGGCAACAACAGAUCAACACCUUCCCACUCCCAUGGCUCCAUUUGUGUUCCUGUUGUUCCUUCUUUCUGAAGCAAUUUCUGUUAUUGUGGUAACAGUGCACCCUGGAGAGGAUGUCACUCUGCGAUGUGUGGCUGAGGACGUCCCUGUCAUAGCUGUAGAGUGGACCAGACCUGACCUGGAGCCAGAUUACGUCCUGUUUUGCAGCGAUGGAUACUUGGAAACAGAAGACCAGAAUCCAUCCUUUAAGGACAGGGUGGAGCUGGUGGACAGAGAUCUGAAGGACGGAGACGUGUCUUUAGUUCUGAAGAAUGUGAACAAAGACGACCAAGGAACAUACGAGUGUCGAGUUGAACCAGCUGAUUUCAGAUGUAAAAAGAGAGCCAUCAUCGACUCUGAGCCAAUCAGAACCAUCCGUCUGCAGGUUACAGAACCAGACCUGAUUGUGGUAACAGUGCACCCUGAGGAGGAUGUCAUUCUUCCAUGUCAGGCUGCUGACGUCCCUAUCAGCACUGUAGAGUGGAGCAGGGAUGAUCUGGAGCCAGAUAACGUCCUAUUUUACAGCGAUGGAUACUUGGAAACAGACGAACAGAAUCCAUCCUUUAAGGACAGGGUGGAGCUGGUGGACAGAGAUCUGAAGAACGGAGACGUGUCUUUAAUUCUGAAGAAUGUGAACAUCAACGACCAAGGAACAUACGAGUGCCGAGUUGCAUCAGCUGUUUUCAGACUUCAGAAGAGAGCCUUCCUCGACUCUGAGCCAAUCAGAACCAUCCGUCUGCAGGUUACAGAGCCAGGUGAGGUAGUCUCUCUCAGUGAGUUUUUCUGAGUAUCAGCUUGUAGCUGCAGUUUCUAACAUCAGAGAGGA